GCGCCUGCGCGGCCGGGCCGGGCCGUGGGGCCGCGCACCGCGGGCGCCGCCGGGGGCAGCGGGACGGCGGCCACGUGACGCCCCCGCCCGCACCGCGCCGGGCGCUGCGCACCGAGCCGGGAGCACCGGGCCGGCAGCACCGAGCUGCGGAGCCGCGGCCGCCGCCGCGCCGCCCCCCGCCUCCGCGCCCUCCACCCUGCCCGCGGGGCACGGGAGCCGGUGACGGGAGCGAGGCGGAGUCUGGAGGGAAGAUACGGAGAGAUAGAGAUUUAAAUCACAUCCCCGGCUGUAGAAGGGGCAGCAGCAGCAGCAGCCCCGGCGCAGAGGCACGGACGCAAGCGCCGAGACAGGUCUGCCGGCUCCGCCGCUGCUGCUGCUGCUCACCAUGGGUGCCGCCGCCGCCGAGCCCCCCAGCGCCAUGGGCCUGGUGUCCAGCGUGGUGAACGACACCCUCGAGUUCUACCGCUGGACCUGGAGCAUCCGAGACAAGCGUGUUGAUGACUGGCCCUUGAUGCAGUCUCCAUUUCCAACACUGACUAUAAGCACUAUUUAUCUCCUCACUGUCUGGCUGGGCCCCAAAUGGAUGAAGACGAGAGAGCCCUUCCAGUUACGCUUCCUGUUGGUUGUUUACAACUUUGGGAUGGUUCUGCUCAACUUCUUCAUUUUCAAAGAGUUGUUCUUGUCAUCAAGAGCUCGAGGGUACAGCUAUGUCUGCCAGACUGUGGAUUAUUCAGAUAAUGUUUAUGAAGUUAGGAUAGCUGCUGCUUUAUGGUGGUAUUAUGUCUCUAAAGGAAUUGAGUAUUUGGAUACAGUAUUCUUCAUCCUGAGGAAGAAAUUUAACCAAAUUAGCUUCCUUCAUGUCUAUCACCAUUUCACCAUGUUCACCUUGUGGUGGAUUGGUAUUAAGUGGGUUGCAGGUGGACAAGCUUUUUUCGGCGCUCAAAUGAAUGCAUUUAUUCAUGUCAUUAUGUACAUGUAUUAUGGAUUAGCAGCUUGUGGCCCUAAAUUUCAGAAAUACCUGUGGUGGAAACGAUAUUUGACCAUAUUGCAAUUGGUGCAGUUCCAUGUGACUAUUGGCCACACAGCCUUGUCUAUUUAUAUUGAUUGUCCUUUCCCUAAAUGGAUGCACUGGGGUGUCAUUUUCUAUGCUGUCACCUUCAUUUUCCUGUUCGGUAACUUCUACUAUCGGACAUAUAAGCUGCCCAAAGAACCUGUAAAGAAUGGCAAAAUAGCAAAUGGUGCUGUUGCAAAUGGAGUAAGCAAACCAGAAAAUAAUGCGGUGGUGGAAAAUGGAAAAAAGCAGAAAAAGGGAAAAGCAAAAGGAGAGUAACUUGAUCCAGGCCUUAACCAUUGUUGGCAGUGAGGAACCUCCAGUUUGGUUUAUAAAAGGAAGAAAAAAACACUAUCUGUACCAAUUAACCUUAGGUUGCUGAAGAGCUAGAACACAGAUAUUUUCAUUAUUUAUGAAGAUUGUUUUAAGAACAACACUAAAGUUGAAUUUCUAUUGUAAUUAUGUAAUUAUCAUGCAUAUGGUCUCUGUGUAAACUUGUAGACUGCUGGUGUCGGUGAAUGUAAGGAAGAAUUGCAAUUGAUUCCAUGUUUAGCAGUCCAAAAGUUAAUACUACCAUUGAUACAGGCAGUUUUGUUGGCACCCACAUUUCUUGGGGGGUGGGGGGGGAGGGAAAGGAAGUAGCAUUUGAAUACUUGUGCUUUCUUUCCAGAAAAUUAUUAAAUUUCAAAUUAUGAUGUAUUAUCUAAUCAGAAUCUGCAACUUUUCUUCUCCUCCUUGGAGAGUACCUUCAGACAAAAUAUGUGCUGUCAGAACAGUGUUUGACUUUUCAGACAUUACUUGAUUUAAUUGAGUAUCUGUUACAGUUUGGUUUUUGUUUUAUUAUUUUUUUCUUGUGUGGAAAUAUACCUACCUCUUCAUCUGCUGAAAAGAAUAUUGAGCAUUAAAUAACUGGUUUCUGAAAUAUGGAGUCCUCUAAUCUAAAUAUCCGUUAAUACUAAUUCAGGAGAACGUGUGUUUGGGAGCAAAAGGGAUUUUUGGUGGUAUCCUUUGAUCAAGUCAACAUUUUAAUGUAAACUGAAAUUUUGGAGUGGUACUUUUAGUAGAGCCAAGUCAAGAGUACAUUUUAAGAAUGUGUAAAUAUGAACGAAUAUAUUGGUCGAAGCAAGCAGUAAAAAUAGGCCUGCUGCUUGUUGUCCGUGACCUGCAUUAAACCUGUGGCACUGACUGAUACUCAAAAUGGUGAGAUAAUGCCGUGGUGGAGAGAAAACAGCAUGCAAUUCCAUUUAGAAAUGUUGUGUGCAUGGGUAGUCAUGCUAACUAUAAGACCAACCAUCACUUUAUUGGGAGAGAGAAUCAGGUUUAAAAGUACUAAGUACAGCAAACAUAAAACCUUGAAAACGUUGCUAUUGCUUGAUACCUGUCAAAACUCUUUUGUUAGACACUUGCAGAAAGUAUUGCUGAUAGACAGGCCACCAUUAUAAGUCAAAACUGCUAAAAUAAGUAGAAACUUUUAGAUGGAUUUUCAUUUACAUGUUACAUAAAGGACUUUUUACCAUUCCUUUUGUGAAGAAAAUAGGGAAAGAUUUAUACACCUUCUGAAUAAUGUGAUUACUAAGAGAUACAUUUUGAGCUGCUUAGCAUGCAAUGAGUAGAAGAUGGGUGGAAUUAGAAACUAUAUGCUGAAUUUCUGUGUUCCUUGGCCAUCACUGCAAAAGCUGCAUUGUUCCUGUCCAAAUGCAUUCCCCCCCGCCCAGCUCUGCUCAAAAACAUAUCCAGAGGUAGCAACAAUCUGGCAAGUGGCACCAUUGGUGCAGAAAGAGUACACACAACUGUGAGUAUAAAGUGAGUGACACGUUUAAUAGAUUUUUGUAUCUCAAUCAUCCAUUGACUGUUUAUAAUAUGCAAGUAAGUCACAUAUUCUGGUUCUCAGGUUUGUCUUUUUUUAUUAAAAAAAAUCUAAACCCAGAAAAUAGGUCUUAGGAAAAAGAGUUUUGGAUAUAGUCUGUUGUAUUAAAAAAUAAUUCCUAAUGCUGGAGUUGGUUCAGCUGGAAGGUGGUUGGUUCAUCCCUAAUCACCACCACUGUGGAUUUUUGGGCAGAAUGUAGAAUUGUGAAAAGUUGUCUCUGCUGAACUCAAAUGCAUGUGACCAUUAAGUUUCUUAUCUGCUGUGUCUUCUGAUUCCUCCAGCCUUUGUAAUGAUGCUUUUUGCAUUUGCAUAGCUGCGUAUUUGCGUAGCGUGGCAUGGGGAAGAGGGAUGGUGAUCUACCCUUCCUUCUUGGACAAAUGCCACUACCCUUAACCAAGCCAAAAUGCUGGCUGACUCAGUAACUUUGGAGUAGCUAAAGGAGUAAAUAACUACAGAGCAGAUUUACAGCACACCUGCUACUCCAAGGUAGUGACUGGUGUGAAUGCAGUUACCCUGCUGUAAUUUCAAGGUCAUUUACCCCACUUUGAUUUAAGGGUAGCUUCUUUCUAUUUGCCAUGGGAUGUGGGCAGCUAACUUCUAAAUCUGUAUCAUUCCUUGAAUUGUGUUAGAUUGGUUGUUUGCUCUGUCAUUCAUUCAAUAAGCCAGAUCAGGUAAACUGAUACUCUUAAUGUGAUCUAGCUCUGAAAGAGCAUACUGGGGGGUAUUCCAGUACGGGCUCAAUUGUGUCUUUGCUACACUUUCUGACUUAAGAAUUAUGUCUUGCUUUAUGGUAAAUAUUUAAAUAACUGAAAGUCAAAAAGUUUUUCCCCCUCAUCAUGCAUGGAAGUGAAUUAAAGUUGAUUGCAACUUGAACAUGGUUGACAGAACUUGAGUAGAAGUCUACUAUCAAAUUCUGGGGUAAUUGUUAAAUUCUAAAAAAAGGUGAAAAACUCAUUGUGAGAAUGCAUGUGUACAUACACAUCAUGUUGUCUGGCCCUGUGCAUAAAACCAGUUUGAGAGAUUGCCAUUUCAUGGGGGAAAAAACCCCAGUUCUUAAAUUACUGGAACACUGCUGUUUUGAGUACAUCUUUUGCAGUAUGACUUUUCUAGGUCUAUUUAUGAUAUAUUUGAUUGUUCAUGUAAUUCAAUUCCCAUUGCAAUCUUGAAUAUAAUGGCCUUAUUAAAUGUGCAUUUUUGUAGGCAUGGUCUUGAGUGCAAUAUUUCUGUUUCUGACUAUGCAGCCAGACUCACAGAAUACAGGGCUCAACUUGUACAGCUUUUUCUCUUUCAAAAUAUAGGCAAUAAUGCACAUGUGAAAUACUGACAGAUUCAUUAGAGUCAUCUUUGAAUCUAAGGAAGCUUAAAAUUUUGCCAUGAAAGUAUGUAUUAAUAUGUGUAUUUUCUAUACACAGUACUGAAAUUCAAAUUAUACAAUCUUUUGCAGUACAAUUAUUCUUUACAGGGUCAUUGGGGUUUUGUUCUUCUAAAACCUUUCAAUUUUUUGAAAAAUUAUAUUCAAACCAUUUGAAACUUUUCUUUUUUUGCCAAUGAAUGAUAAUUUUUUGCUAAGAGUUCUGAAGCUCUUGGACCAGAGUCUCUAAAUAUUUGAUGCCAUAUAAGUGAUACCGUUUCAUUUAGCCUCAUCUCUAGCAGUGACAGUUGUUGGAUUAUGUUAGCACUUUUUCAGUGUAAAAUUAAAUACAAAUAAUCUAUACAUGUGUGUAUAUAUGUGUACACAUACAUAGUGUACGUGUGUGUGUAUAUAUGUAUGGGUUCUUAGCAGAUUCUUUCAAUAUGUGAAGUAAAUUAUAUUUCUUGAAUGUGAAUUUGGCAGGAGCUAAUAGAAUGCUUCCUACAGCUCCAGCAGGAAAAUGAAGCAGUUUUCCUUCCACAGAUCCAUUAUCAGUCUUGCAAACAUAAAUAGUAUUUGUCAGUUAUUUUAGAUAUAGGAUGGCAGAAAAGACAGAGCCAUUUCUACUAGUGUAAUAAAUAUUUUGAGGCAUCAGUUAUAGAUUCUGAGGGGAGAGAUCUCAACUCAGGGUAGCUGGGGAAUUAUGCUGAAUUAUGGUAGGGAUCAUUUUAGUAUGAGUAACUUGCUCCAGGUGAGUCUUUGAAAUCAUUGCAAUCAUAUUCUCUGUUUAACAGAAAACUUCUAAAAAUAAAUCAUAGAGUCCUAAAAUAAUUUAGGUUGGAGAAGACCAUUAAGAUGACUGAGUCCAACUAUUAAACAAAUGUUUCCCUGUAAGUUCAAAGCAUGACCUAUUUGAUUACAGGACCAUCAAUUACUUCCAGCUCCAGACCAGGAGAAAAAGGUGAAGGCAAAAUGAAAAUGCUGCACAUUUUUUCAGGUUAACCUAAGGGCACAUUUCUUCAGAGUAAACACUUGAACUGCAUGUGCUGGAGGUAAGAAAGGACAGAUAGCUUUUGUAAUGCAAGAUCUCGGUCCUAAAAUAGCUUACAAGCACUAGCUAUCUCUUAAAAACUUGAAUAAAACUGUUCAUGGUGCAUAAAGUUAAACCUUGCAUGAAGCUAGUGUGGGCUGAGAGUCAUAUUUAAAAUGAGAUAUAUUUCAGUUAAAAUUGAAGAGAAUGGGGAACUAAUUAACUAUCUGGAUAGUGUAUUUAUCUUGGUUAGAAACACAGAAUAAUCUAAUUUGAUACCUAAAGCUAGACACCCAUAUGACAUCUCAUUGCACUGCAGUCUGAUGCACCAGCCCCUUUGCUAAUGCAAGCAGAGGGAGCUCCAUGGAAAUGAGUGGGUUGGUUCCCAUUUACCUCAGCAGAGUAUGUUGAGCACUAAAAAGCAGAGAAAAUACUUGCUUUCUGCCAAUAUCCCAGGAGGAUUGAGGGAAAUGUAUGGUUCAGGGUGCUGCUUUUGCAUAAGGUGUUCAUGCUUUUGUAAACAUUAAAAAUAAACAUUACUUUUUUCAUGC